AUGAAUUAUCGAAGACCAAAGCAAUCAAUUCCUACAUUAUGUGAAAAUUUGCUACAAUGGAUAAAUGAACUUGAAAAGAAAACUACAGAUGCAACUAAAUUUUUACCAGCUUAUGAUCAAAGACAAUCUAAUUUGCAAAUCAAGUCAUUAGUAGAAGAACUCAACAAACAGAAGUCUUUAUUGGCACCAAAAACAAUAGAAUCAAAGAGUUCUUUAAAUGAAGAAAAAUCAGUAUCCACUACUGCCACCUCUACUGAUACUGCUGCGGUUUCUAAAGUUAUUGAUGAAGACAAUUUUCAAACUGUU